UUUAGCCGUCUCAUUUCCACGAAAAUGCGUUCCUUGUCCUAUUCUUGAUGCCUCGUCCCCGCAACUUUGCGGUUUCGGACCAGCGACAUCCACGCAAGCACCGGACGCCGUCACGCGACUGCGGCACCCCAUUCCGCUCCUUUUCUCUUCAACUCUCACUCCCGACUCUUAGAUUUGGAUCCGAUCAGGCGUAAACACUGAGCUCACAGUCUUAUCUCUUGCCCUCUUCGGCUCUUGCUUCUUUCGACCAUUUCCCUACUGUCUGAAAGCGGCAAUGUUACAUGGUUACUCGGGCUCCAGUAAUGGACAUUGUAGGGCUGGGCAGCAGCGAGAAGGGCGGCCGCGAAGAGGGCGAGGCGGCCCUGGUGGUGGCUUUAGGGUAUCGCAUCACGGCCAGCAGUUCCAGGAGAAGAACCCCGUUCCCCCUUGUACUGAGUAUGAUAAGGCCUACUUUCAGGCUUACUCGGACAUUGGAAUACAUGAAGAGAUGAUCAAGGAUCAGGUGCGGACCAGCACAUACAGGGCUGCAAUCAUGCGCUACCAAGAUUCAAUUGCUGGCAAGGUUGUAAUGGAUGUUGGGUGUGGCACAGGAAUUCUUGCAAUAUUUUGUGCUCUUGCUGGUGCUAGGCGGGUAUAUGCAAUAGAUGCAAGUGACAUUGCAUUUCAGGCUAUUGAAAUUGUGAAAUCAAAUAAUCUUUCCGACAAGAUUAUUGUGUUGCAUGGACGAGUUGAGGAUGUCGAUAUUGAAGAGAUGGUUGAUGUCAUAAUAUCUGAGUGGAUGGGCUAUUUGCUUCUCUAUGAGACAAUGCUACCAAGCGUGAUCUUUGCCCGGGAUAAAUGGCUAAAGCCAGGUGGGCUCAUUAUGCCAUCUCAUGCCACGCUCUAUAUGGCACCAAUUACACAUGUUGCUAGAUAUCGGGAAAGCAUUGAUUUUUGGCGUAAUGUUUAUGGGAUUGAUAUGACUGCCAUGUUAUCCCUUGCGAAACAGUAUGCUUUUGAAGAGCCAUGUGUGGAGACAAUUUCAGGCGAAAAUGUUAUGACUUGGCCAUCUGCGGUGAUGCGUGUGGAUUGCAAUGCUGUUUUACCGGAAGAACUAGAAUCAAUCACUGCAAAAUAUAAGUUUAUAUCAAUGUUGCAAGCCCCACUGCACGGCUUCGCCUUCUGGUUCGAUGUUGAAUUUGAUGGCCCCCAAAAUGUUCCUUCGAACGAACAUCUUCAUACCCUCGGAGCUUCUCCAGAGACGAUUUUACAUCCCAAUAACAGAAUCACAAAACGGGUCAAAUCCAAUGAGGCUAUUGUUCUAUCAACCGCACCAGAGGAUGAUCCUACCCACUGGCAGCAGACCAUUAUAUACUUCUACGAUCCAAUAGAGGUAAAACAAGACCAAAUUAUAGAAGGCUCAAUCACUCUCUCUCAGAGCAAGGAGAAUGCAAGAUUCCUAAACAUCCGCCUGGAGUAUAGCUCCGGAGGCCGAUCAUUUGUAAAAGAAACUGUGAUGAGGUGAUCAGAUUGCUCUAAAUAUAAUUCUUUCAAUUUCGAUUUCCAUUGCUGUUAAACCAGUUCAGGAACUUCUAGAUGAUUUGGUAGAUGCAGAGUGAUGAACCCAGGUGCUCUGAAAGUUCAGGUUGGCGACUAUUUUCAUGUUUCUAUUUGUCUUAGUUUCCACGUAGUUGUUUUGACAAUUUAUUUUUUUCUUAUUGUUUGAUCGAUUUUAGGGGAUUUGUGUGGAUUUUUUGUCUGUAAAUAGUUCAGGUUUAUUGUCGCUGUUGAAAAACCCUAGCCCUGAUUUAUGUGGUGCCAUAGGAAUUUUCUCCUUCUUACCUGGAAUAUUCUAUGGAGUUUAUGUAUUCAUGCAUAAGCUUACUAUUGA